CCUUUCAUGUCAUGUGUGUGACUUCCGGGUUGUAAAAAAUAUGGGCGGAUAAGUGUUUUCUUUAUAUACAUCUCGUUUAAUUGUGUUUUCUAUGAAGUUUCGUUUAAAUCGACGGCUUUUCAUGAUGUUGUUACUGUUUUCUGUGGUUAACGGUGAGNCAGUGCUCAUAAUGAGAAUGGGUCUGGACACUGUUGCACAUGGUGCGGAUGCUUUGCAAUCUGAUCAGACUUCAACCAUGGGGAUGCUCUUUCCCCGGGAAUCAGAGUCCAGAGAGGUCCGGGAACUCGGAGGAAUGUGGAAGUUCCGUGCAGACAUGUCGCCUAACAGGAAUGCGGGAUUUGAGCAGCAGUGGUGGACAAGUCCACUCGAACAGACAGGCCCAGUGAUUGACAUGCCUGUACCUGCCAGCUACAAUGACAUCACACAGGACCGACAACUCAGGGACUUUGUUGGAUGGGCGUGGUACCAGCGCUCGUUUUAUGCCCCUGCCUCCUGGAAGAACGUAAAACAGCGAACAGUGCUCAGAUUUGAGAGUGCCCACUAUAACACCAUUGCCUGGCUUAAUUCUAAGGAGAUUGUGAGACAUGACGGUGGACAUCUUCCAUUUGAAGCAGAUGUCUCUACCAUUCUGAGCUAUGAUGUUCCCAACAUUCUGACUGUGGCUGUGAAUAACACCCUGACACCUCACACCAUCCCCCCAGGGACCAUCCAAUACAUGGAUGACCCUGACAGGUACCCUCCAGGCUACUUCGUACAGAACUUGCAGAUGGAUUUCUUCAACUAUGCAGGGAUCCAGCGCCCUGUCAAACUGUACACAACUCCUGCUGUCUACCUGGAUGACAUCACUAUUGCCACUGAUGUUCAGGGCUCAACUGGUUAUGUGAAUUUUGACUGUGUAAUCAAGGGAAACAGCAGUGCAGUUCCAGUUACAAUACAACUUCUGGACAAGUCUGACCAACAGGUAGCCGGUGUCAAAAGCAGUGGAAAGGGACAAGUAAAGGUCAACGACGUGAAACUAUGGUGGCCAUUUACAAUGAGCAGUGAUCCAGCAUACCUAUACACACUGAAGGUGACAGUGAUGGGCAGUGUAGGAACCCCAGAUGUGUACAGGUUACCUGUCGGGAUUCGAACAGUGAAGGUCACCAGCACACAGUUUCUCAUCAAUGGCAAACCAUUCUACUUCCGAGGAUUUGGUAAACAUGAAGACUCAGAUAUAAGAGGCAAGGGUCUGGACUACCCACUGAUUGCCAAGGACUUUAACUUGAUCAAGUGGGUGGGAGCCAACUCCUUCCGCACCAGCCACUAUCCUUAUGCGGAGGAGAUUAUGGACAUGUGUGACCAGCAAGGCAUUGUGGUCAUAGAUGAAUGCCCUGCCGUGGGACUCAAGACAAAGGAGAACUUUAGCAAUAAGACAUGGUCACACCACAAGGACGUCAUGACGGAGCUGGUCAGAAGGGACAAGAACCGCCCAUCUGUGGUCAUGUGGUCGGUAGCCAAUGAGCCGGCUUCCCAGCUUCCAGAGGCUGAAUAUUACUUCAAAACAGUGAUAGGGCACACUAAAGAUGUAGAUUCGUCAGGCAGACCUGUCACUUUUGUAAUCAAUCAGUCCUUUGACACAGAUAGAGGGGGCCAGUUUGCUGAUGUUAUAUGCCUGAACAACUACUAUUCCUGGUACCAUGACAUGGGUCACCUGGAGGUUAUCCAGUACCAGGCUAAGUACAACCUGGAACAGUGGUACCAGACGCACCACAAGCCCAUCAUACAGACAGAGUAUGGGGCUGAUGCUGUAGCUGGACUACACAUGGACCCACCCCUGAUGUUCAGUGAGGAGUACCAACAGGAAGUCAUGUCCAACUACUUCAGUGUGUUUGACCAGUUCAGACAGCAGUACCUGGUGGGGGAGAUGAUCUGGAACUUUGCUGACUUCAUGACUGCUCAGAGCACAACCAGAGUAGCUGGGAACAAGAAAGGCAUAUUUACCCGCCAGAGACAACCCAAGACAGCAGCCUUCCUGCUCAAAGAUCGCUACUGGAAGUUGGCCAAUUAGUCUGGACAAGGGCAACACUGAACCUUGUCAGCAUUUCAUAAUGUUUCUGUCAUAGAAUAUGCUGCAAGGGCAGACACCCACAACACUUUGUAACAAGGCAUGUAAGAUAUUGGAGGAUGAACAAUUUUUUUGUCUUUUAUAUAGCAAUAAGCAGGACCCCAUGGGAGCUUUAAAUAAGGGACGUCUUUGAAAAAAGGAGCUGUUUGUAUCUACAUGUCAUUUGAUUGAAUAAAAUAUUUAUUGAUACUCUU